GAGAGAGAAGGCAAAUGUUCCCCCAGCUGUUUCCUGUCUACAGUGUCUGUGUUUUGUAGAUAAAUGUGAGGAUUUUCUCUAAAUCCCUCUUCUGUUUGCUAAAUCUCACUGUCACUGCUAAAUUCAGAGCAGAUAGAGCCUGCGCAAUGGAAUAAAGUCCUCAAAAUUGAAAUGUGACAUUGCUCUCAACAUCUCCCAUCUCUCUGGAUUUCUUUUUGCCUCAUUAUUCCUGCUAACCAAUUCAUUUCCAGACUUUUCACUUCAGAAGCAAUGGGAAAAAUCAGCAGUCUUCCAACCCAAUUAUUUAAGUGCUGCUUUUGUGAUUUCUUGAAGGUCAAGAUGCACAUCAUGUCCUCCUCGCAUCUCUUCUACCUAGCCCUGUGCUUGCUCACCUUCACCAGCUCUGCCUCGGCUGGACCGGAGACGCUCUGCGGGGCUGAGCUGGUGGACGCUCUUCAGUUCGUGUGUGGAGACAGGGGCUUUUAUUUCAACAAGCCCACAGGGUACGGCUCCAGCAGUCGGAGGGCACCUCAGACAGGCAUCGUGGACGAGUGCUGCUUCCGGAGCUGUGAUCUGAGGAGGCUGGAGAUGUACUGCGCACCCCUCAAGCCUGCCAAGUCGGCCCGCUCCGUCCGUGCCCAGCGCCACACUGACAUGCCCAAGGCUCAGAAGGAAGUACAUUUGAAGAACGCAAGUAGGGGAAGUGCAGGAAACAAGAACUACAGAAUGUAGGAAGACUUUCCUCAAGAGUGAAGAAUGACAUGCCGCUGGCAGGAUCCUUUGCUCUGCACGAGUUACCUGUUAAACACCAGAAGACCUACCAAAAAAAUAAGUUUGAUAACAUUUCAAAAGAUGGGCAUUCCCCCCAAUGAAAUACGCAAGUAAACAUUCCAACAUUGUCUUUAGGAGUGAUUGUUAAAAGCUUUGCACCUUGCAAAA